CUGCGGGCCCAGCUGUGUGACCAGAUCAAGGUUCUGGACGGUCAGGUGGAGGUCAAAGGUCAACAGCUGUCUGACCUGUCCGAGUUCUUCCGUCGUCGUGGCGACAUUGAGGCGGAGUACGCCCGCGCCCUCGACAAACUUACAGAGAGGUUCACCCUGAAGACCAAGAGGUGUGUGUGUGUGUAAAAAAUAAUAAUUCUGCAUUGUUUAUUUUGCUAUUAUUGCUUGACCUGUUUAUACUGACUGUCAGACGCUAUUAUUGAUGCAAUGUUAGUAUAGGGAACUCAACCAUAAUAUUAUGUAAAUUGGUUUAACUCUUGCCCUCUCUCUCCUCGCCCUGUCUCUCCCCCUCUGUCUCUCCCCCUCUGUCUUUCUCUCCCCCCAUCUCGCUCUACUCCUCUCUCUUUCCUCUCUGUUACUCUCCUUUCCCCCCUCCUCCCCCCUCCCUCCCUGUAGGAAGGAACAGAGUGGUCAGUCGGUGUCUCAGUGUUGGUCAGUUUUGUUGACACAGACACGUGCAGAGAGCAGAGAACAUGCAGCGCUGAGUGACUCCUGCUCACACACUCUCACACAGCGACUCACACACUGCUCAGAGGACACACACCGCCUGGCAAAACGGGUACACACACACACAUUCAUAUUUACAGUCCCUGAACAAAUGAUCUACCCACUUUCGUUGCCUUCCAGCCAAGACUGUUUUUACAUAAAAUUAUAUGUAUUUUUCACUGAUCUACACAACUCCAAAAUAUAAAAGUGAAAAUGUGAUAGUGUGUUACACUGUCUGAUGAUUGAUUUGUCUCUGAACAGAGUAAGGAGGUGGGAGUUCAGAUGCAAGAUGAGCUACUGAAGGUCACCACUGAACUGCAGACGGUACGGACAUACCUUAGUCACUAGUCACUAACGAUGAGGACGAUAGUAAAAAGAUGGAGAUGGUAUUACCAGCAUUUUAUCUUACUUGUGAGUGGGUGUGUGUGUGUGUGUGUGUGUUAAGGCUCUGAGGACCUACCACCAGUACCAUACAGACAGUCUGACAGCGGAGGGGAAACUAAAGGAAGCCACACGAUUGGAGGAAAGACAGACGGGCAAGUCAGCUGAACUGGGGAUAACACAAUCGGGAGGCCAGAGGCGGAGCUCUGUGAAGAAGAUGGAGAAAAUGAUGGAAAAAGUAAGGUUGGCGUCUGACUACAGAUCUCACAAUGUCUGGAUAGGUCUUUAAAAUAACAGCUGACCACAUCAUAUGAUAUAACAAUCUGAUGCCCGACUGCACAGUCGAUUAUGUGGCACAUAACCAUUUGUUAAUGCAAUGCAACGUCUGCAAUGAAGUCGGCCUGGAGUGUGGCAAAGGUUGUUGUUGAGAUGUGUGUGGUUUUCAUGUGGCACAGGAUACAGACAGGUUUGUAGAGUUUUGAGUCAGACAUCCUGUGCCACAUGAAAACCACACACAACAGAACAAUAAUGUGAGCUACUUCUGUAGUGCCAAAUCAAACCAAUUACAUCUAGUGCCAAACCCCUUGACCCUAGCCCCUAACCUCUAACCCCUGACCUGAGCCUGUACCAAAGGGAGUAUGAAUCAAGGAACCUUCAUUGUCAUUAGCUUUUAACCAAAUUGUGUGUGUGUGCUCCACAGAGACAUGGCAGAGUGCAGGAGACCCAGCUGAAGUGCACUAAGGCUCGUAACGACUAUCUGCUGAAUCUGGCUGCUGCAAACGCAACUAUGAACAAGUAUUAUCUACAGGAUCUCAGCACACUCAUAGACGUGAGUCACUGUGUGUGUGUGUGUCCGUGUGUGUAUACGUAUGUGUGUUUUCGUGCGCGCUGGUGCCUUUGUGUGUGUCCAUUACACAAUCUUAUAUUAUAAAAUGUUUAACUGACAUACUAAGUAUUAAUCUUCCAUCUCUCUCUCUCUCUCUCUCUCUCUCUCUCUCUCACUCUCAGUGUACUGACCUGGGGUUCCACCUCUCCUUGGAGCGAGUGAUGAGGUCAUACCUGGCCAGCAGGGGGCGUGUCCUGAAGGCUGAGGAGGCAGGUCUGAAGCAGCUGGAACAGGAAGUAACAUCACUGGAUCAGGGCGGAGACAGAGACGCUCUACUACAGAACCACGACACAGCGUUCUGUCUGCCCUUCCGCUUCAGUUACCAUCCCCAUGAGGGAGACCAGGUACACACACAUUCAUGUUCAUCCAUCAAUGGGUGAUGACCAUGACACAUUCUAUCAGAACUAUGGAGUGCAAAGAUGGCCGGUUACAAGGCCAAUAUGUGCCCUGUAUAUUCUGUGACACACUGAACAUGAUAUGUUGAGCUCCCACAGGAAGAGCUUUUGGUACACAUCCCUAAUGUGUUCCAGGUGAGCGAGGUGAGUGCGGAGAGCCAGGUGAGGUAUGAGUUAGAGACCAGGUUCCAACAGCUCCAGUCCCGCCUCUCCACCGAAACCUUGGAAACAGAGGAGGUGAGGUCUUCACUCUAUUCUUAUCUAUCUAUUGAUUUAUCGAUCCACCGAUCAAUCGAUUUAUAAUUUUUUUAUCUAUUGUAUGUAUCAAUUUUCCAGGUCAGUAAGACACUCAAAGCCACCCUCUCCGCGCUAUUGGACAAUAUGUGUGACAGUGACAGUAACCCUCCCCCUGACCUGCCCAUCAGCCUAUCACACGACCCCAUGGGAGCCGCCACCUCCUCCAAACUAGCCCUUGCCAAGCGGAGAGCCAAUCAGCAGGAAACAGAGACGUUCUACUUUACGGUGAGGGCAUUCCAUUGGUCAGGGUAAGGUGUGAGGGGAGUCUAAUGAUAGUAUUAUGGAUUGCAUCUCCAUAUAGUGCUUCUGUGACCAACUAGGUUUGAAACCUGGGACAUCUGAACAACACAAUACUGUGUUAGCCCACUGAGCUAAAGUUGUGUAAAGGAGCUAAUGCUGCAAAGGUAAAAGUGUGUAUCUCUGUUUCUGUCGUUUGUCAGAAAGUUAAGGAGUAUCUGACUGGAAGCUCCCUGAUCUCCAAACUACAGGCUAAACAUGACCUGCUGCAGGAGGCCAUAGAGAAAGGUACUACUACUAUACUACUACUGCACUACUAAUGUACAACUACUAUACUACUACUAUACAACUACUAUACUACUACUGUACUACUAUACUACUACUGCACUACUACUAUACUACUAUUGUACUACUAUUGUACUACUACUAUACUACUACACUACUACUACUUCACUACUACUAUACUACUACUAUACUACUACUACACUAAUACUAUACUACUAAUGCACUACUACACUACUACUACAGCACUACUACUAUACUACUACUGCACUACUAAUGUACUACUACAGCAUUACUACUAUACUACUACUGCACUACUAAUGUACUACUACUAUACAACUACUAUACUACUACUAUAUUACUACUGCACUACUAUUAUACUACAACGAUAAUACUAAUAUAUUACUACUAUACUACUACUGCACUACUACACUACUACUACUGCACUACUACUAUGCUACGACUAUACUACUACUGCACUACUAUACUACUACUACUACUGCACUACUACUAUACUACUAUUAUACUACUACUGUACUACUAUUACUUUACCACAACUGUAUAAUACUACACAACUACUACACAACUAAUCUUACACUAUCCCUAACUCUCUCCCUCUCGCUCUCCUUCCUCCUUCUCCCUCUCCCAUUCUUCAACUAUCUGUUUGUUUUACAGCUAAGGCCAUUGAUAGCGACCCCUCCAGGUAAACAUUCCUGAUAUUGCUCUGAGAGAGAGAGAGAGAGAGAGAGAGAGAGAGAGAGAGAGAGAGAGAGAGAGAGAGAGAGAGAGAGAGGAGAGAGAGAGAGAGAGAGAGAAGAGAGAGAGAGAGAGCGAGAGAGAGAGAGAGAGAGAGGAGAGAGAGAGAGAGAGAGAGAGAGAGAGAGAGAGAAAUUAGAGAGAAAAAGAAAGAAAGAAAGAGAGAGUAUAAUCUUCAAUGCAGCAACAAAUCCAAGACUGUAGCAAAAGCUACACUACACUUUUACUGUUGAAAAGCAUGAUGUGUGUAUGUAUGUGUGUGUAUGUAUUAGUGUAUGACUGUUGAGUGAUGCUGUAUAUCUCCCAGAAUGCAGUGUGCUAGGUCAGUGCGUGUGCGGAGGUCCAGACCCUGUUCCAUGUACAGCCACACUCUCUUCACCUCUGAUAUGCUGGGUUUCAUACAGGUAACACACACACACACACACACACACACAUACACAAACACUAAUAUGUCAUAAUGCUAAUAUGUGUAGGAGAGAUGUGCAGUGUGUGGACGGCACCCUCAGGGAAUCAAUCUCCACGCUCCAAUACAAAAACUAACAGUGACAAUGUUUCAUAAAGCUCUUCGGCACUUUUGUUCUCUCUCGUCAACUUUCUUUCUUUCUCUCUCUAAAUUCUCCUCUUCUGAGAGCUUAAACUGUAGUCUUUAUCCUACUCCAGUGAGUGAUGUUAAACGGUAGUCUUUCUCCUACUCCUGUGAGUGAUGUUAUACUGUAGUCUCUCUCCUACUCCUGUGAGUGAUGUUAAACAGUAGUCUCUCUCCUACUCCAGUGAGUGAUGUUAUACUGUAGUCUCUCUCCUACUCCUGUGAGUGAUGUUAAACAGUAGUCUCUCUCCUACUCCUGUGAGUGAUGUUAAACUGUAGUCUUUCUCCUACUCCUGUGAGUGAUGUUAAACUGUAGUCUUUCUCCUACUCCAGUGAGUGAUGUUAUACUGUAGUCUCUCUCCUACUCCUGUGAGUGAUGUUAAACAGUAGUCUCUCUCCUACUCCUGUGAGUGAUGUUAAACUGUAGUCUUUCUCCUACUCCAGUGAGUGAUGUUAUACUGUAGUCUCUCUCCUACUCCUGUGAGUGAUGUUAAACAGUAGUCUCUCUCCUACUCCUGUGAGUGAUGUUAAACUGUAGUCUUUCUCCUACUCCUGUGAGUGAUCUUAAACAGUAGUCUCGCUCCUACUCCUGUGAGUGAUUUUAAGCAGCAGUCUCUUUCCUACUCCUGUGAGUGAUCUUAAACAGUAGUCUCUCUCCUACUCAUGUGAGUGAUCUUCAACAGUAGUCUCUCUCCUACUCCUGUGAGUGAUAUUAAACAGUAGUCUCUCUCCUACUCCAGUGAGUGAUGUUAAACUGUAAUCUUUCUCCUACUCCAGUGAGUGAUGUUAAACUGUAGUCUUUCCUCUACUCCAGUGAGUGAUGUUAACUGUAGUCUUUCUCCUACUCCUGUGAGUGAUGUUAAACUGUAGUCUUUCUCCUACUCCAGUGAGUGAUGCUAAACUGUAGUCUCACUCCUACUCCUGUGAGUGAUCUUAAACAGUAGUCUCUCCUACUCCUGUGAGUGAUCUUAAACAGUAGUCUCUCUCCUACUCCUGUGAGUGAUGUUAAGCAGCAGCCUCUCUCCUACUCCUGUGAGUGAUCUUAAACAGUAGUCUUGCUUCUACUCCUGUGAGUGAUUUUAAGCAGCAGUCUCUCUCCUACUCCUGUGAGUGAUCUUAAACAGUAGUCUCUCUCCUACUCCUGUGAGUGAUUAUAGCAGCAGUCUCUCUACUACUCCUGUGAGUGAUCUUCAACAGUAGUAUCUCUCCUACUCCUGUGAGUGAUCUUCAACAGUAGUCUCUCUCCUACUCCUGUGAGUGAUAUUAAACAGUAGUCUCUCUCCUAAUCCUGUGAGUGAUAUUAAACAGUAGUCUCUCCUAAUCCUGUGAGUGAUAUUAAACAGUAGUCUCUCCUACUCCUGUGAGUGAUAUUAAACAGUAGUUUCUCCUACUCCUGUGAGUGAUAUUAAACAGUAGUCUCUCCUAAUCCUGUGAGUGAUAUUAAACAGUAGUCUCUCUCCUACUCCUGUGAGUGAUAUUAAACAGUAGUCUCUCUCCUACUCCUGUGAGUGAUAUUAAACAGUAGUCUCUUCCUAAUUCCUGUGAGUGAUAUUAAACAGUAGUCUUUCCUACUCCUGUGAGUGAUAUUAAACAGUAGUCUCUCCUACUCCUGUGAGUGAUCUUCAACAGUAGUCUCUCUCCUACUCCUGUGAGUGAUAUUAAACAGUAGUCUCUCCUAAUCCUGUGAGUGAUAUUAAACAGUAGUCUCUCCUAAUCCUAUGAGUGAUAUUAAACAGUAGUCUCUCCUAAUCCUGUGAGUGAUAUUAAACAGUAGUCUCUCCUACUCCUGUGAGUGAUAUUAAACAGUAGUCUCUCCUACUCCUGUGAGUGAUAUUAAACAGUAGUCUCUCCUAAUCCUGUGAGUGAUAUUAAAUAGUAGUCUCUCUCCUACUCCUGUGAGUGAUAUUAAACAGUAGUCUCUCCUAAUCCUGUGAGUGAUAUUAAACAGUAGUCUCUCUCCUACUCCUGUGAGUGAUAUUAAACAGUAGUCUCUCCUACUCCUGUGAGUGAUAUUAAACAGUAGUCUCUCCUACUCCUGUGAGUGAUAUUAAACAGUAGUCUCUCCUACUCCUGUGAGUGAUAUUAAACAGUAGUCUCUCCUACUCCUGUGAGUGAUAUUAAACAGUAGUCUCUCUCCUACUCCUGUGAGUGAUAUUAAACAGUAGUCUCUCCUACUCCUGUGAGUGAUAUUAAACAGUAGUCUCUCCUACUCCUGUGAGUGAUAUUAAACAGUAGUCUCUCUCCUACUCCUGUGAGUGAUGUUAAACAGUAGUCUCUCCUACUCCUGUGAGUGAUAUUAAACAGUAGUCUCUCCUACUCCUGUGAGUGAUAUUAAACAGUAGUCUCUCCUACUCCUGUGAGUGAUAUUAAACAGUAGUCUCUCCUAAUCCUGUGAGUGAUAUUAAACAGUAGUCUCUCCUACUCCUGUGAGUGAUAUUAAACAGUAGUCUCUCCUACUCCUGUGAGUGAUAUUAACAGUAGUCUCUCCUACUCCUGUGAGUGAUAUUAAACAGUAGUCUCUCCUACUCCUGUGAGUGAUAUUAAACAGUAGUCUCUCCUACUCCUGUGAGUGAUAUUAAACAGUAGUCUUUCCUACUCCUGUGAGUGAUAUUAAACAGUAGUCUCUCUCCUACUCCUGUGAGUGAUAUUAAACAGUAGUCUCUCCUACUCCUGUGAGUGAUAUUAAACAGUAGUCUCUCCUACUCCUGUGAGUGAUAUUAAACAGUAGUCUCUCCUACUCCUGUGAGUGAUAUUAAACAGUAGUCUCUCCUAAUCCUGUGAGUGAUAUUAAACAGUAGUCUCUCCUACUCCUGUGAGUGAUAUUAAACAGUAGUCUCUCCUACUCCUGUGAGUGAUAUUAAACAGUAGUCUCUCCUACUCCUGUGAGUGAUAUUAAACAGUAGUCUCUCCUACUCCUGUGAGUGAUAUUAAACAGUAGUCUCUCUCCUACUCCUGUGAGUGAUAUUAAACAGUAGUCUCUCCUAAUCCUGUGAGUGUGCCUUGUACCCCUCAUAUGCCUUCUUUCACGUUUAUAAUCUUCUCUUCAAUCUCUCUCUUUCUGCUUGGCUGAGUGUAGAAGAAGGAGGAGAAUGUCUAGGACACAGGUAUUAUUGACUCUACUUGUCAUUUGUGUGUGUGUCUGUGGUGUGGUGUGUGUUGCUCUGACUUUCGUUUACUCUUUGCAUCUGUCCUAUCGCUCUGAUCUGAGCCGAGACUGCCUCUGCGAGCAUCGAGAGCUCAGUGUAUCAGUGUCUCUCUCUCUGCUCAGAAAGCGGUAUAUCCUUCUCUCUCUCUCUACUCUCUUUCGUCUCUCUCUGAUCUCUCUUCUCUUCUCUUCUCUCUCUCAGAGUUCAGGGCAGCAGAUUCCUGUGGUGGUUGAAAGCUGCAUUCGCUUCAUAAAUCUCCACGGUCUGCACCAUGAGGGGAUAUUCCGUGUUCCAGGGUCCCAGAGAGAGGUCAACCACAUCAGGGAUGCUUUUGAGCGAGGUAGCCUACACACACAUAGGUGUUGCCUGAGAGAGGUACUGUGGAGUGUUGCAUCAGAUGCCCAUGCAAAUAUUAUAUUUGGGGGAUGCAGUAUGUGUGAAUGGAAGCUGAGUUGUCAACAACAUGUCUAUGUUUGUGGUUUUUUGUGUGUGUGCAUGUGUGUGUGUGUGUGUGUGUGUGUGCAUGUGUGUGUGCAUGCGCGCAUGCGUGUGUUUUUAUAGGAGAGGACCCUCUGGCAGACAGUGACUGUGACAUUGAUUCGGUGGCUGGAGUGUUGAAGCUGUACUUCAGAGGACUGGACCCGCCGCUGUUCCCUGACGAAUAUUACACAGAACUAUUGGACUGUGUCCGUAAGUCAAACACAUAAAUACCACACACUACUGACACUACUGACAUGUGUCUGUAACU